GCCCUUUCGAAAAACCGCUCGACCACAACAGAUAGAAAAGCUCUUCCAGUAAACCGACAACUAGCUAUAAGAGGUCCUGCGCCCGAGGUGGGGAGGAGAGAGAAGAAUGGUGACAAGAAAAAAGAACGGCGCGCCGGACAGCAAGCACUUCGAGGCGCCCGAGACGGUGGCCAAGUUCGAACCGGUGAAGCAGUGGCUGCUGAAGAACUGUAGGAAGUACACGCAGGCGGACCCACCCAGCAACAAGAACCUGGCCAUGCUGGUGUGCGUCAUGCUACAGUUCCAGGAGGAUGCGAUGGGUCGUCACGUCAGCAACCCCGCCCUAACGAAACUACCGGCUCCAUUAUUCGACGACCUCAACCCGGGCGGCUCACUCUGCCACAUACUAACAACAGCCUAUCGAGUCAAAACUGAACAAUCCUGGCGGAGAUUUGAUUUUCACUCACCUGCGCGGAUUGACAGAGGAAUGGAGCUGUUUAUUACCAUCCACAGAGAUUUGGUCCAGAGUAAAGUUUGGGAACCUCCAAAACUUUUCUUCGAUUCUUCCGUUUCCAGACAGACUGUGCAACAGUUGACUGAGAUUGUCAAAAGACAUCAGGGUUCAGUGGUUGACGUAGUAACGUCGGCAAGUCAUGUGAUCUACCCGGCCCCGCCCCCCUCCCAGAGUCCUGGAGACGAGUUCUUCAGACCAGUUACCGUGAAGGGACGAAACGCAACCGUUCACUGGUGGUACACCCCAGACAGCUAUGACAAUGUGAUUCCGAGUAGUGAGUUGGGCGGAGUCUCGGUGGAGACCCCGCCCACCAAACAAAAGCAGUGGUGGGUGAGCAGUCGUUGGCUCACGGACUCUGACCUCUACAACGAGUGGAUGAACGAAGAAGAUUAUGAGCUACUUCUAGUGGACGGUCGACUAAAACCCACGGCACCGUAUCUCGGCUUCACGCGGAGGAAAGCAGUCAAAAUUUCAAUACCACAUGAAGAGCCUGAGCCGAUUGAGCUAGGGUCGCGGAGGUCGCGAUCCAAACGUCGGCGAACCCCCUCGCCCCCCGUGGCAGAAUUGAGGGGGUCCAGCAAACGGAAAAAGACGGCCACCACUCGACGCAUUCCUCCCCGUAUCCGUGACGACGACCAGGGGAGUGGAGUGGGAGGAGGAGGAGAGGAGGGGGAGGGAGAGGGAGGAGCUGUCGAGGAAGACGUGACGAAGGAGAUGCCCAACCCAGCUCCUCUGCCAAAGGUCGAAGAGGUCCCUCUGCAGUCUCUCUCCAGAGAAGCCACACCCACCACGGCCAAACUCCUAGAACUGACUCCCGUGUCUGUUGCCCCGAGUGACGAGGUUGCCAUGGAUACGAACUCCCAAGCCUCGUCGAAUGCGGGGUCGUCGGGGACAAUGAUGGUGUCUCCUCCGAAGGAAGCUCCAUCCAGCAUCACCACUCUCCCACAAACCACACCCACUUCGUCACUACAGUCUUCGGCUUCCAUGGAAACGGCAUCAUAUCAACAACAACCACAGCAGCAAUCAGGCGACGCCAUGAAGCCAGAGCCGCCACCAACGUCGACAUCAUCAAACGGCCAGCCGUCAUCGUCUUCCCUCUCCGAUCAGGAGCGUCGGAUCCUCUCGUCCAAAGACUCCUUCCCGGGGACCGAGGUCGUGGUUCAUCAGGCACACAACAUCAUCAUUCCCAGCUAUUCGGCCUGGUUCCACUACAACUCCAUCAACGCCAUUGAGAAGAGAUCGCUGCCCGAGUUUUUCAACGGAAAGAACAGAUCGAAAACGCCAGAAAUCUACCUGGCGUAUCGGAAUUUCAUGAUCGACAGCUUCCGCCUCAACCCGACAGAGUAUCUCUCGGUGACGAGUUGCCGUAGAAACCUGGCGGGCGACGUGGGUGCCAUCCUGCGUGUCCAUGGCUUUCUGGAGCAGUGGGGUCUCACUAAUUACCACGUGGACAACGAGCGGCAGGUCCACUCCAUGGGACCACCUUCCACCGCCCACUUCAAUGUUCAGGUAUCUCUCUCUCCCAUUCACACAAUCCUUUUGGAAUCAUGGUAAAAAUUCGCGUAAAAAUUUCUCGUGGUCCAGCAAAUGCAAAAUUUUCUCUUAAAAAUUUAGUGAUCCCUAUUUUAAAAAUUUGCUCUAAUUCCAAACACUUAUUCUCUCAUACACCUUCCCUUUUUCUCGCUCCCUCUCUGUCGCACCUUCCCUUUUUCUCGCUCCCUCUCUGUCGCUUGUCCCCCCAUUCUCCCUCCCUCCCUCGUCCCAGGUGGACACCCCAAUGGGUGUCCAGCCUCUCCCUCCCUCCAAGACGGGCCAGUCGGCCUCGGACCAGCUGGUGCAGCUGACUGACAGGAAGAAGGACGGAGAGACUCUGACCAAUGGCAACUUUGGACUGAGGGGGGGUGUAUACGGCAAGGAGGACAGCUCAAUGAAGCCGUGGACUGAGCAGGAGACACUGCUGUUACUUGAGGCUCUGGAACUACAUCAAGAUGACUGGAACAAAGUGGCCCAGCACGUCAGCUCACGGACCCAAGACGAAUGCAUCCUCCAUUUCCUAAAACUACCCAUCGAGGACAGAUACCUUGAAGAGGUGUCACUGGGCCCUCUGGCCUUUCAGCCGGUCCCGUUCAGUCACCAGGGAAACCCCGUCAUGUCGACGGUGGCUUUUCUCGCGUCCGUCGUCGAUCCUCGCGUCGCUUCGGCUGCUGCCAAAGCUGCUCUCGCUGAGUUUACAAAGAUGAAGGAAGAGUUGCCUAAAGAUUUGGCAAAGAAUGCCUCUAAACCAGGAGGGGAGAAGAACGGAGAGGACACGAAGGACUCCGCUGGUGGGGAGAGGGUUAAAGAGAGCAGUGGCGGUGGUGAGGAAGGGGUUAAGGCGAGCGGGAAAGAGGGAGUGAAGGAGAGCGUGGAAAAAUCGGGGGAUAAGGGAGGUGAGGGAGGAGGAACACUGCCCGAGGCACUGUCCAUGCCAGGCGAGAACUCCGUGCAGUCAGCAGCUGCUUCUGCACUCGCAGCAGCCGCCGUGAAGGCUAAGCACCUUGCCCUAGUGGAGGAGAGGAAGAUAAAGAGUCUGGUGGCCUUGCUGGUGGAGACACAGAUGAAGAAACUGGAGAUAAAGCUGAAACACUUCGAGGAACUGGAGACCAUUAUGGACAGAGAGAGAGAGACGCUGGAGUUGCAGCGUCAGCAGUUGCUGGCCGACCGUCAGCAGUUCCAGAGAGACCAGAUCAAGGCCUCCGAGCUCCGGGCACUCCAGUCACCGACCCUCGCCGCGGCCCCCUCCACCCCCCUCCAAUUUCCCCCCUCUCGCCCCCCACUGCGCUCCCCCACACUCCUCACACCCUCACAACCCUCCGCUACCAUGGCGAUCAUACAGUCCGACUCCGAGGGGUCAAAGGCCAAAACUAACGCAGGGCAGGUUCCAAUGGACCAAUCAGAUUCAGCCGUCACACAAGCUUCCGGUUCUACUGAUACCGUGGCAACUGUUGCUGUGGCAGCGACACCUGAGAAACCAGAAAAUGACUCUGUACCAAGUGACCCCACCCCUGUUGCCAAGGAAAUUGAUGAGUCAUCAGUUACCAUGGCUACACCUGGUGAGGAGAGUGGUGUGUCUGGGGAGGGUGCGAAGGAAGGUGGGGAGAUUAGGGAAGGUGGUGAUGAGGUUGCCAUGGAAACAGAUCAGCCCCAGGGAACUGAGUCAGCAGUCAGCGAGCCUAUACCAGUAACUGCUGAAUCAGCAAAAACGUUGACUCCACCCCCUGAGGUUGAAACUCCACCCACCAAUAUUACUGAAGACCCACCUCCUGAUGAGACUCCACCCACCGAUACUAAGACCACACCCACUACUGAUGAAACAGUCCCACCCUCUACUAAUCAAACCACACCCCCUACCAAUGAACAAACUAAUCAAGAAGCCACGCCUGUCACCAAACAGACUACACCCCCUCCGAACGAACAAACUCAAGAAACCACACCCACCGACACUGAAGCCACGCCCACCACUAGUACUGGUGCUGACUCAGCAGAAACUAUCAGUGAAGCCACACCCACCACAGAUGAAGCUCCACCCACUUCACAACAAGAUGAAUCAACCUCAUUAGAUACCGCUGAUAAAGAUGGCAAGGCGGAAGAUACUGAAGUGGAGAGGGUGGAAGGAGAGGGGGAGAAGGGAGAAGAGGGGGAGAGAAUGUCGUCGGAAUCGUCAGAACAAGUCCCCGAGGAAAAGGGAGGGGGUGAGGAGGGGGAAGAAGGGAAAAGAGAGGAGGUGAAGGGAGAGGAAGAUGAGGAGGGAGAGACAAAUGGUACACAAGCAAAGGACAGCCCACAAGAGGUGGGGGAGAAGGACACUGCUAAUGAGAAAACCGAAGAGAACAACGAAAAAAUCACUGCAGAACAAGAGGAACCUGCAAUGGAAACUGAGCCUCCGGCAGAAGCCAUACAGUCAUCGUCAGAUUCAGUGUCAACUGAGGCCAUACAUCCGGCAGCAGAAUCUUCUUCGCCACACGACUCACCCGUGGGCGUGUCUGGAGAGCAGUAGCCACGGAAACUGCCAAACACGAUUAUUUCCUCCAACAACAUGCACACCCACACGCACACACACACACACGCAAGUGCAACAUUAUUAUAUUAUAUAAUAAUAAUAAUAGCAGUUUCUCCUCUUGUGUUGCAAUUGUUUGUGAAAAAUCAUCUUUG